AGGAGGACAGCAUGCUGAGAUUAUGCCUGUCUCUGAUCAGCCCGUGAUGUCAGCUGCCAUCACUCGUUAAAUUUUCAAACGAGCACCUUCGCGCUUUCUCCCAAGCUGCCCCUCAUGCCUAGGAGAAGCUCCCCAUAAACUUCCACAAACCCAAUUCAUUAUCCACCUUCAAAACCCUCCUUACAGCUCUCCUUCGCUACCAGGCCUACAAAACACUUGACUGCAAGUGUGCAGAGACUACUGCCUAUCAUGCUGGUCCGCCUGGUCAUCGCGGAGAAGGGGCUGCCAUGCGAGGAGCGGGAUGUCAGCAUGCCCCUGACUGAGCACAAGGAGCCCUGGUUCAUGCGUCUCAACCUCGGGGAGGAGGUGCCCGUGAUUAUCCAUGGAGACAAUAUCAUCAGCGACUACAACCAGAUCAUCGACUACAUGGAGAAGAACUUCACAGGAGAAAAUGUUACCCAGCUGAUCCCCGAGGCCGGGAGCAUUCUUCACACAAGAGUGGUGCAGUACAGAGAGCUCCUGGACUCACUCCCCAUGGAUGCCUACACUCACGGCUGUAUCCUCCAUCCCGAGCUCACCACUGACUCCAUGAUUCCAAAGUACGCUACAGCUGAAAUCCGCAGACACUUAGCUAACGCCAGCACGGAGCUGAUGAAGCUGGACUACGAAGGGGAGCCCCAGCUGACCGAGCCAUACCUUUCCAAACAGAAGAAACUCAUGGCCAAGAUCUUGGAACAUGACAAUGUGAGCUACUUGAAGAAAAUCCUUGGCGAGCUGGGAAUGGUGCUAGACCAGAUUGAGGCCGAGCUGGAGAAGAGGAAACUCGAGUAUCAAGGGCAGAAGUGUGAACUCUGGCUCUGCGGAUGCGUCUUUACCUUGGCCGACAUCCUACUGGGGGCCACCCUGCACCGCCUCAAAUUUCUAGGACUGUCUAAGAAAUACUGGGAAGAUGGCAGCAGACCCAACCUACAGUCCUUCUUUGACAGGAUACAAAAACGCUUUGCCUUCAGGAAAGUUUUGGGAGACAUACACACCACCCUUCUCUCGGCCGUGGUACCCAAUGCCUUCAGGCUUGUCAAACGGAAACCCCCCUCUUUCUUUGGAGCCUCCUUCCUUAUGGGAUCUCUGGGGGGAAUGGGAUAUUUUGCUUAUUGGUAUUUAAAGAAAAAAUACAUCUAAUGCUGGCUGUUUGGUGUUUAGUUUGGUGUCUCUGUGCUGUGUGAAAUCACGAUGACUCCUCAGUAACUGUAAUGAAAUUUGAAACAAGGUAUGAAUAAUUAUAUUGUUGAUGUAACAUUCCAUAGUUAGAAGUAGAAAAUUAUACCGCAAGGAAAUAAGACACAAAAAUAAGUCAACUUAUAAAUGGCUUUUUUUAGGUUUAAGUAUUAAACAGUAGCGACCGCUGAGUGUCAUACUCGGGCACUUACUGAGCUUACACACCUGUCAUGGAGUGAAACUGCCUCCAGAGCAGGCAAAUUCCGGUGGAAGGGAGAUGAGAACCCCGGAAAAAUUUCAACCCCCCAGGUUAAACUAUGGGAUUUGGAUACUCUGUGCGGUACCUUUAUGUUUUCAAAAUGUACAUUGGCCGCAUCACACUUUUCCCAGGUGCAAGUAGACGGGCCGUUCUUCUUCUAGAAACUGUUACACUCUUGUGAUCUGGGGUCUUUCCUGGAAGCAGAGAGGACACAGCCAGCUGGAGGGUACAGUAGCCAGUCAAGAUCAAGGUGGAGUUGAAUGAUUUAAUUAUCCAUUUUUAAAAUUAUUUCCAUUAAAUCAAAUAUUUUUAAUGAGCUGCUCUUAGAAUGUAUCCACUUUCUACAUCUGCUUUUUUUUUUUAUGUUUACAUGUCUUUUAUUAAGA